AGUCCUGAAGCAUUUCACAGAUGCUCAGGUUUUAAAAAAUUAAAAAUAAAUAAAAUAAGAAAUUACAGUCUAUUUAUAUUUAUAUUUAAGUCUUUUUUGUUUUUCCUGUUAUAAAGUCUUCAGUAUGGCUACCAAGAUGGUCAUCCAGCAGCCAAGGCCAAUUGCAGUGACAGCUGCCUCGGACCAGUGGACCACCAGCAUCUGCGAGUGUGAUAGCGUCAAUGAAUGCUGUUUCUCGGUGUGGUGCUUUCCUUGCUUCGCCUGCAUUGUAGCUCGAGAUCAUGGACAAUGUCUCUGCCUCCCUCUGCUGGAUAUGUUCGGCCUCAUCCCACCAGCCACACUGUCCAUGAGGGUGGCAACACGCAAACGCUAUGGGAUUACAGACACUAUUUGCAACGACUGCGUGUAUGCUUUCUUCUGUGGCCCAUGCAGCUGGUGUCAAAUCAGGAGGGAGUUGAAGGCCAGACUUCAUCCUGUUACCCUGCUGAACAACAGGCCAAUGGGCUAAAGACCCACAUCAUCAUCAUCAUCAUCAUCUCAUCAUUAUCAUUACUGUCAUCAUUACCAUCAUCAGCAAGUGAAGUCCGCAUCUCUACCUAGUAACACAUAUGCCUUGUUCCACAACUAAUCAUGAAUGCUUGUGUAUCCUGGUGAAAUCUGGAGUCUCAAAUACCACUCCCUCCCAUACAAACUGAAUCAAAAGUUCAGUUUAUUUUCUUUCAGUCAGAUAAGAGAGUGGCAUGCUGUCUAAUCACUGUUUGGGCAUCAGCUCCAGGAGUGAUGAGGAAUGCAGCUCACAUAUGAAGACUGAUCAGAUAACAACUUUCUCCAUGUAUAGAAAUGUUACAUGUUAAUGCAUUUACUACAGCGAUGUUUAAAAAGGCUAUUACAAAAUUCAGUUGAAGAUUACUUUAAAUAUGGUACAUUUCACUAGGAUUUUAUUCUUAAUAUUUUUUAAAUGUAAAGAUGAUUACAUACUUACCACACUUACUAUACUGUUAUCACAUACACGUACUCAUAUUUUAAGGCAUGUCUGCUUCACUCUCAUCACUGAAAGCAUGUAAGGAAAUAAUAACAGAAUUGUGUGUAUAAAGAUUCACAUGAAGUUGUGCUUCAAUUGAUGUAAAUGUGUGCUUUUGAAGUAAUUAUCAAUAAAUAAAUUUCUCUAAACAAAAAGGACAUUUGUUGUUGUGUAAGACUUCUAUACAGUCAGUGGCAAUGAUAUUUCAGAACCUUGAGAAAUUUGGAAGAAUUUGAGGACACUGAGGAAUGGAGAUUUUUUUUUUUAACCAAGUUCUUUGUUCAUAUUCAAAUACUACAGGAGACCAUUUACUUUCUUAUUACGAGGCUAUGCUAGAGACGCAAUUACACGCAGUAACAGCUAGGAGGUUAUGGGUAAGGGGAGAGCGUUUCUGUUUUUUUCUAUCAAUAUACUGUGCAAUUCAUUAUCCCUUUUUACCUCAUAUGUGAAUGUUUCCUUUGUGGAUUAUGGGGUAUGGUCUUUUCUCUCUAAAACGAUUAUUUACAAUGUUUACUAUAAAGAGUUCUACAACAUUACGCAGUGAUCUUGGAAAAGAGGCAAAAUGCAAACAGACACAUUCUUUUAUUUUGCAUUUUGAAUUUUCAGCUUUGAAACAGUACAAUGGUCUUUUUGCACCGAGUCUGAUACUUCAGCAGCCUCAGUCCACACCACUUCUUCGUGUUAACUCAAACCAGUGGAGCACAGGCAUCUGUGACUGCUUU